AUGAUUAAUAACCUAGAGGGAACCAUCGAGCGCAUGGAAUCUCGCUUGCAGGGUCUCGGCUUCACCGUAGGCGAUAAUGAGAUCAUAGGUGCCUCGUCGCCGUCGGACAUACUAGGCAGUGCUCCGGCGUUCACUUUGCCAACGAGCAUGAUGGAUGGUGGUCCGAUGGCUGGUGCUGCAGAUGAGAUGCAUUUGGGGAACAUCUAUGCAAACCCGCAGCCAGAGUGUACGAUUCCCGCCAUAGGGGGAUCGCCGACCCCGAACAUCCCCGAGUUGUUCACGCAAUUAAAGGCACCAGCGAUGCCAUCAUGUUUUAACGUCCCAAGGUAUCUGGGCGGUAUACUGAAUACUGGAUGUUUCUCAUUGAUCUCUCCGGAGGGUUUAGCCUGGAUAGCACAGAAGACGGGCAACGAACCUCUGGAUCGUCUUACGCGAUUAGUCUCGACGGAGGAGCAUGAUGGCUUCAUCGCCGAUUAUCCUCUCCACUGUGUCUCUUCAAGGAGGGUAUUCUGUCCGCUGCCACCCCAGGAGGAAAUCGUACAUCUUCUGCACCACUUUAUGGAUUACUUUAACGUCAUGUUCCCCGUGUUCAGACAUUCAGACAUCCCAUUUCUGUUUCCCGGGGGACAGGUUGAUAUGCGUUCGCAAAGCCCAGGCCAGUGGGCUAGUAUCAACGCGAUCCUGGCAGUGGCAUAUAUGCUCCCUCGGAACGGAGCCUCGCCGGAAACGGGCCAUCAGAAAAGUUGGCUAUUCCUGAAAAAUGCCUUGGAAGCCGUCAGUGAGCUCUAUCUGGGCCCGCCGGAUAUCCAAGGUCUCCAGGCCCUUCUAGUGAUGGCUGUCCUUUUCCUAGCAGCAUCGGCUGCCCGCCCGUGCAACUUUUUGAUAUCUGUCGCUAUACACAUCAGUGACCAGCUGGGACUGGGGAGGGCAGAGGAUAUAUCGGCUCUCUCUGUUGAAGAGACACAGCAGCGACAGACGGUCUUCUGGUUGGCUUAUUGCUUGGAUAGAGAAAUCUCCUUUCGUUUCGGUGAACCUCCAGUGCAAAACGACGAAGCAAUUAGUACAGCCCUCCCUAUGGAAGCUCCAACGUGUGGCAUCUACUCCAUGCCAACUAGCGACCAACCCGGAAGCUUCAGUGCCUUCCGAUCAGUCUGCGAACUCGCACGGAUCCGCGGCGAGGUCUAUCAACACCUCUACUCUGCUUCGGCUGCAAACAGACCGUUCCAUCAGAUCCUCGCAUCGGUCGGACAGCUGGACGAGAAACUUCAAACGUGGAAGAAAAGCAUCCCAUCCGAAUAUCAGCCCGACUCCCGAGGGAUCGCACCUUUCCGACAGUGCCCGAUUUCGUUGAGCCUUUUACACAUCCAUUACACGUACUACAACUGCAUGAUAGCUAUCCAUUCGCUUAUCGCCGCCCGGGGCAUCAAUUCCGCCCAGGAUCUCAUGGACGACCCGGGUUUCUCCAUCCAGCCUGGUUCUCUGUCCAAUCCCAGGGUAUUGCUGUCGGCAUCGUUGACCUCGAAAGCUGCCCGUGCUUCGAUCAAAAUGAUGAAGUAUCUCCCGCAGGAUGACAUUUCCCUAGGUAUAACAAUGUAUUACCCCACGGUCGCAUUGAAAACACUCGCCUCGAGUAUUGUUCGCAAUCCGCGCGAUACCUCCCAGAUCUAUAAUAUGAAGAUUCUUGAUCAGGCAGAGGCCUUUCUAUCAUCGGCGGGCUUAAGUGCAACUAGCGAGGGGAUGAAACGCCUUGGAAAACAUUGUGCCGAGUAUCGCUCCGUUGCGGAGCGCGCGAUGAAGGAAUCUUAUUAG